AUGACGAGCAACAGAAGACCCGCGCAGGGGAUGCAACAACAAGCCAUUGCGUCGAAGCCAAUUGAACCAUACCUCGGAGGCUCUGGAUGGUCGGAAUGGGCCCUCCACAAUUCUGGGCUAUACUACUAUCGAGCUCGUUAUGUCUCAUAUGAAGACAUCUCAACAAUACCACCUACGGGCAGAAACUCGAUUGUUCCAAAUAUCCAAGGCGGAUACAUUCACUAUGAGUCCAUGACCGUUAGUGAAGCUUUGAGCCACAGCGCCCCCAAUCAGGUCCCAGAGCUCUCAACAUGUUCUACUGCAACAACACCAACAAACAGUGACCCGGCGGCCCCGUCACAAGGAUACGCGCAGCCGAAUAAUCAACUGGUUCUUUCAACGGCGUAUCCCAAACUUGGCAUGGAGAUGAGCGGCGCGUUGCAAUCAGAAGAAGAGGCCAUGGAAACAGUAGUGGUGAUAUCGAGUUCUAAUACAGUCAAGCGAGUAUCGACUACAUCAAAGAGACAGAAGGACAAGAAGAAGCAUGGGAAGAAGUUGGACGUGGAUAAGAGGAAGCAAAUCAGUAAUAAAGCGAAAGUGGACAAGUGGUUAGAUGCUUUAGGAUAG